AGCGUCCAGUCGGAGGCUGGGUGUGUGUCGCCUGACCGGAUAAUGAAAGAAGUUAACAGUUAAUGUAGCUCGAGUAGUCCGUAUUUUAGUCUGCUUCUUGUUUUGUUGCAUCCCAGGCGUGUCAACAUUUGUUAUCUUAUCAUUUUACGGGGGUGGUAAAAUACACCAUAGAUAUUUGACUAACCGCGCAAUUCCAUAUAGAACUUUGGAUAAGCGACCCGUUGGCCUUCUUUUUGACAGUCAAGACAAGUAGUUGGAGCCCGCUGAGCGGACCGGGUUGGCAUCAUGGGAAAUCGGGGAAUGGAAGACCUCAUUCCCCUCAUCAACAAGCUUCAGGACGCUUUCAGCUCCAUCGGCCAGAGUUGCAACUUGGAGCUGCCCCAAAUAGCGGUCGUCGGCGGCCAGAGCGCAGGGAAGAGCUCGGUUCUGGAGAAUUUCGUUGGCAGAGACUUCUUGCCCAGAGGGUCUGGUAUCGUCACUCGUCGUCCUCUUAUUCUGCAACUUGUUAACAACAAAGCAGAGUAUGCAGAGUUUCUGCACUGCAAGGGCCGUAAAUUUGUGGACUUUGAUGAAGUCCGUCAGGAGAUUGAAGCGGAAACGGACCGGCUCACCGGAUCCAACAAAGGCAUUUCACCCAUUCCAAUCAACCUUCGAGUCUACUCCCCUCACGUAUUAAACCUGACCCUGAUCGACCUGCCGGGAAUGACCAAAGUGGCUGUAGGAGACCAGCCUGUAGACAUCGAACACCAGAUCAGAGACAUGCUCCUACAGUUCAUCACCAAGGAGAGCUGCCUCAUUCUGGCCGUCACUCCCGCUAAUAUGGACCUGGCCAACUCUGAUGCCCUCAAGAUUGCCAAGGAGGUCGAUCCUCAAGGUCUGCGGACUAUAGGAGUGAUUACCAAGCUGGACUUGAUGGAUGAGGGGACUGAUGCUCGAGACAUUCUGGAAAACAAACUCCUUCCUCUCCGCAGGGGUUACAUUGGGGUGGUGAACCGGAGUCAGAAGGACAUUGAUGGGAAGAAAGAUAUUCGUGCCGCUUUGGCGGCUGAGCGCAAGUUCUUCUUGUCCCAUCCUGCAUACAGACAUUUUGCAGAGCGCAUGGGCACACCACACCUGCAGAAGACACUAAAUCAGCAACUUACCAACCACAUCCGUGAAACCCUGCCUGGGCUACGCAGUAAGCUGCAAAGCCAGCUUCUCUCCCUGGAAAAAGAGGUGGAAGAAUAUAAAAACUUUCGUCCUGAUGAUCCUGCACGCAAAACCAAAGCUUUGCUUCAGAUGGUGCAGCAGUUUGGCGUGGACUUUGAGAAGUGCAUUGAAGGCUCGGGGGAUCAGGUGGACACCUCCAACCUAUCUGGAGGAGCAAAGAUCAACCGCAUUUUUCAUGAGCGUUUUCCUUUUGAGCUAGUGAAGAUGGAGUUUGAUGAGAAGGAGCUGAGGAAAGAAAUUAGUUACGCAAUCAAAAACAUCCACGGAGUCAGGACAGGCCUUUUCACUCCCGACAUGGCGUUUGAAGCUAUAGUGAAAAAGCAGAUCAUUAAGCUGAAAGACCCCUGUCUGAAAUGCGUUGACCUCGUCGUCACCGAGCUUGUCACCCUGAUCAGGAAGUGCACCGAAAAGCUUGGAUCAUAUCCUCGCCUUAGAGAAGAGACUGAGCGAAUUGUUACCACUUACGUCAGAGAGAGGGACAGCAAGACUAAAGACCAGGUGCUCCUGUUAAUUGACAUUGAACUGUCCUACAUCAACACUAAUCACGAGGACUUCAUUGGGUUUGCCAAUGCACAGCAGAGGACGACUGCAAAUGCAACCAAAAAAAGAGUCAUGCCUAACCAGGUUAUCCGUCGAGGCUGGUUGACAAUCAACAUUAGCAUCAUGAAGGGAGGCUCCAAGGACUACUGGUUCGUCCUCACUGCAGAGUCUCUUUCCUGGUACAAAGAUGAGGAGGAGAAGGAGAAGAAGUACAUGUUGCCUCUUGACAACCUGAAACUAAGAGAUGUGGAGAAGGGAUUCAUGUCCAGCAAACAUGUCUUUGCCAUAUUUAACACUGAGCAGAGAAACGUGUACAAAGACCUGCGGCAGAUCGAGCUGGCGUGUGACACUCAGGAGGAUGUAGACAGCUGGAAAGCCUCGUUCCUCAGAGCUGGUGUUUACCCUGAGAAAGACCAGGCCGAAAAUGAAGAGGCCAUGAUUCCAGGCGACACCGUAUCUAUGGACCCGCAGUUGGAGCGGCAGGUGGAGACCAUCCGCAACCUGGUGGACUCGUAUAUCAGCAUUGUCAACAAGUCCAUCAGAGACCUCAUGCCUAAGACCAUUAUGCAUCUCAUGAUUAACAGUGCAAAGGACUUCAUCCAUUCUGAGCUGCUAGCCUACCUGUACUCAGCUGGGGACCAGAGCAGCCUGAUGGAAGAGUCUGCUGAGCAGGCUCAGAGGAGAGAUGAGAUGCUCCGAAUGUAUCAUGCGCUGAAGGAAUCUCUGGUCAUUAUUGGUGACAUCAGUACCACCACUAUUUCAACCCCUGUGCCUCCACCGGUAGACGACACCUGGAUCAAAGAGCCUAGUCUCCCUGCAGGAACCCGCCCUGCCGCUGCAACAGCGCCCCCUCCAAACCGACCCCCAGCAGUCAGGGGACCCGCGCCCGGUCCAGCCCCACCGCUGAAUCCUUCACCGGCAUUCGGCGCUCCACCAGUACCAACUCGACCUGGCCCACCACCUGCCCAGUCUGCUUUUGAACCAAGCGUUCCACUCAUUCCCUCCAGACCGGCACGUGUGCCUCCUGCUCUACCACCAGGCAUCCCAAGCAGAAGGCCCCCGGCUGCUCCCAGACCCACCAUCAUACGUCCUUCAGAACCCUCCCUGCUUGACUAGAAGCGCACACACACUCUAUGCAAACAUUUCAUGUAGUUUACACUUUUAUAUAUCCAGUUAGUUUCUUAUCUGCAGUUUAAAGAUGUAUGAUAUGACAUUUUGACCUGUUAUCAUUGAUGACUUUUGAGAUUAUGUAAAGGGAUCAUUCUUGUGAGUCUUGUGGUUUAAGAACCAUCACAUUUUCGAUAUAUUAUUUCAUGUUAAAUUCAUUUUGUAAUGGCAGGAAAUUUAUUUUCAAGAAAAUUAUGAAGAAAUUUCUACAUGCUAAUGCAGUGUCAAAAAUCUUACACACUAAGCACCUCAUGACAUGAGUUGCACUUUUUGAUGAGUCAUUUCUCCAUGUGUGGUAAAUCUACAAGAUUAUAUUUUAGGUCAUCCCACAAUGAACAAAUUUUAAUAAUUCUCCCUUAGUAUUUUUUGCAAAAUUGCUUCCAUAACCUAAUUUAUCAGUAUGAUAUGAGUUUUAUAGGUUUUAUCAUAUUCUGUCUCCCAGCAGUGCAUGAUAAAUAUUAAUCUCGCCUUGACCGUGUAUCACGAUAAUCACGUAAAAAGCCAUGAAUAUCAUUAUCUGACUUAAAGUGCCUGCUUUUCAGAAUGUUUAUUAAAGGAUGCCUUUCAUUUUUAAAAAUGAG